AUGGCCUUCUACUCUUCUUUCUGUGCUCUUUUAUCUCUCGUCCUGCUGCUCCACACACCCUCUUACGCCCAAAACUCUGUUACCACGGACACCCAGCCGGCCAAUCAGACGGCUGUCCCUUCGGGCUCGCCGGAGCUGACCCUGACCACACCAGGGUCAGAGUCGGACAUUCCGUCAUCAGGGAGCCGCUGCUGGGGUUACUACGAUGUGAUGGGUCAAUGGGACCCCCCCUUUAACUGUAAUGCUGGAAUCUACCUGUUCUGCUGUGGCUCCUGCUUCUACCGCUUCUGCUGCCAGUUCAAAGCCCACAGCCUGGACCAGACCUCCUGCUCCAACUACGACACACCUGUCUGGGCCAACACGGGCAAGCCGGCCUCGCCAGUCACUGAGGUCCAGCAGCAGCAGGACAGGGACCGCACACAUAUGAUAGUCUACAUCAUCUGUGGAGUGGUGGCCAUCAUGGUGCUGGUGGGCAUCUUCACCAAACUGGGGCUGGAGAAGAGCCAGGGGGGGCAGACCGACAUGAGCAACUCCAGGACCUUGACAGAGCUGUUGAAGCAGCCUGGGGAGGUAGGGGGUGUGGACAGAGGGGGAGGGCUUCAUCCAAUUGGAUCCAAUGGCAUCACUGGUCGGUCAAUGCGGACCAACAAUGAUCAUAAUCAUCUGAAUAACGCUGCUCUUCCGUCUCUUGGUCCUGCUAUCACUCUCUCUCAUCCCCAUAAUAACUUGGGUGUGGGAUUCAACAAGUAUUCAUCUCUCAAAACCCAGGAUACGACUGCCAGAGACUACUACAAGAGUUACCCCAUGGUGGACUACACACACCGUCAGUCUUCUCCUGCAACCUUUCAACCCAUCGCUUUCCAUCCCAAGGACAAGCCGUUCCUACCUCCUCCGGACAUCCACGCCCCCCUCGCUAUUACCAUCACGCCUGCCCAGUUCCCUAAGCCUAAGAUCUCCAAAACCAACACCCAUCCACUUACAUCCAGCUCAGCCUUCAAGGCCUGGGACCCCAGUAGGAGCCCUGCCCAGCAUCAGGUGCCCCUCAUGGGCCAGCCACAACUCCCACAGUCCCACCCCAACAGCCGGCGCCAGGCCUACUCCAACAAGCGCCAGUUUAGCAUAGAGACACUGCCAGAGUUGUUUUCUCAGCCACUGGCCUAUGGACAAUCCCCUCACCUCCUCCCUAAACACAAGGGGCUGCCCACAAACAGCAAGACUGAGGUGACCGUGUGAAAGCAGAGCUAGAGUGAU